CUGGGCAACGGUAGGCAAGAUGAUUUAUAAACAAAAAAUGAGCUUACAAAAUGCCAAUUAUUGUAUUGAAUUUUGAGAUAAAAGUUAAAAUAUUUACAACUAAACUGUAGUGCGCUGUAGUUAAAGUUAAAUACAAGGUAUCAGAACUCAAACACAAUGGCUUCAACGCGAGAUCAAAAAAUCGAACAGCAACGGCAAUUAAUGGAAUUGAAAAUGAAACAGAAACGCCAAAAUUCUGGCAUGGUUCAAGCGAAUGAUCUAAGAGUAGGAUCAGCAAAACGUCCAAUAUCAGGCAGCCGAUCCCGGGAGUUGCAUGGCUAUGAUGGCCCGAUGCAAUUUCUUAUGUCGCCAGUCAAUCCGGACCAAGUUAUACCCCUCCAAACUAAUAGAAUAUCAACUUAUGAUGAGUUAGGCAAUCAGAUAGAAGUGCUAACCGUAGGCGAAGGCGACGGCAGCGGGGAGGAAGAUGACGAGAGCGUACCGGUCUGCAGUGUGGGUCGGGACGCGAGCACUGAUGACGUGUGCGCGGACGCAGCUGUCGCACCCCUGCAUGAUAAGCCGAGGAGAGAUAGCUCGCCUAGUCAGACAGCUGAAAUAGAAGGGUCAGUGGAGGGCGCGGUGGAAACCUUCGUGGUGACCCCGGCUAAGCAUGGCACGCUAUACAAAUGUCGCAUAGCCCGUGACCGUAAGGGCAUGGACCGAGGACUCUACCCUACAUACUUCUUGCACCUCGAAAAGGAUUAUGGGAAGAAGGUUUUCUUGCUGGCUGCCCGCAAACGCAAGAAAUCAGCUACCUCGAACUACCUGAUCUCCACGGAUCCUACAGAACUAACUCGUACUGCUGACAGUUUUGCGGGCAAGUUGCGUUCCAAUUUACUGGGGACAGCCUUCACUGUGUACGACAACGGUAAAGCGUGGAGGAAGCAUGAUCACGCUCAUACGAGACAUGAGUUGGCUGCUGUUGUUUAUGAUACAAACGUCCUUGGUUUCAAAGGUCCGAGAAAAAUGACCGUCAUCCUCCCAGGUAUGACUCCGGACCGCCAACGCGUCACCAUCGCGCCACAGGACGACAGCGAAACACUUCUCGAACGACUCAAGAGCCAAACGUUAGACGAUAUUGUCGUACUACACAACAAAACUCCAGUUUGGAACGACGAAACACAGUCUUACGUGCUCAAUUUCCACGGCAGAGUGACUCAGGCAAGUGUGAAAAAUUUCCAAAUUGUUCACGAUUCGGAACCGGAUUACGUAGUCAUGCAGUUCGGUCGUAUAUCUGAGGAUGUCUUUACAAUGGACUUUAGGUACCCUCUUUGCGCUUUACAGGCGUUCGGUAUAGCUCUCAGUUCUUUUGACAGCAAAUUAGCUUGCGAAUGAUCUCGUUUUUGUCACUUCAACAUGCCACUGUGGUUGUCGGUUUUACUAUUUAUUUAUUGUGGUUUUAAUCACGAGGCUAUAAUUUACUUGUACGUAUUUUUUUAAGGCUGCUGUCACAAAUGCAUAGGAUUUGAGUCUUUUAUCAUUGUCUUACAUUGUCGGUGAAGGUCUAUGAGAUGAAAAUGAAUGAUGUGGGCAUUUCUAUACCUACAUAUUCAAACUAAAACAUAAGAAUUAAUCAAUACUUACGAAAGUAACUAAUAUAGCGCUAGCAGCUUAUUCAAAUAAUCUAAAACUAUUUAAAUGAAAUUAUAAGAAAAUACUAUUCCUAUCUAGACGAUUCUAUAGUCUGCAGUAAUGCCUUAGAACUUCACCGACAUCAUUUUUGCUUUAUAAAUGUAUAGGCCCAUGAUAUACACACCUGCCGACAUGCGAGUCUGAAGUUCGCUUAUAGCUGCACAGUAGACAAUUUUAUUCGCAAAAAAUCUACUGCGCAGCCAACCAAAGAGUAUUUCAGACUCGCCAAGUCACGUCGGACAGUCUGUACAUUCUUACUUGUUUACGUACUUAAAACAUUAUAUUAUUUAUUAUGAAAAAAAAAACAAACGCACAUUUGUUUUUGGUGCUUGUUGUGAUGUGGGUUGUGUUUUCCGUAAUUCAACUUUCAUCGAUGUUAGAACGAAGUUUGUAAUCUAGUUGUGUCUGUAGUUUGCCUAAAAAGGCUGUGUUUAAGAAAUUGUUUUUUCUUAUGAGUGCCCAUUCAAGAGUCGCCAUGCUGCAUAAUUAACAAAUUGAACAAUACUAAUUACAUUUGUGGACACAAUUUUUUACCGACUCGUAAAAAAGGAGCAGGUUAGUAUGAAAUGCUGCAGUUAUAUCUAGAUGACUCUUGAGCGGGCUUCAAUAAUAAUUAUCAUGUUUCUUAAACAAAAUAUAAGUGUAAUUUACUGAGGUCCAAGGUAUAGAAUCCAAGGAAAAUUGCACAUAUGCAUUUACUAUCAUAUCUGUCUGUUACUAGUAGAAAGUAUGCGAUGUGGGAAUUAAUUUAUAAAACUACUUUUUAAAAUGUAGUUGCAAGAACAUUAUGAAGCAUUUUCAAUUCGCUUUUGUAUGAAAUAAUGAAAAAAAAUAUGAAUUUAAAUAAUGUGCAUAAAAAAGAAUUAUUACAAUAAUCUUGAAUAUUUAUUGACAAUUUGAAUGAAAAUUAAUUAAUUGAGCGA